GGCGACACUAUCAUAUCUGAGAUUUUGCAAUUCCUAAUCCCCAUCAUAUUACCACUACUUUAAAUACAUCCCCACUUCUCUAAACUCCCCACACCUUAAACUCAAAAUUAAUUCAAUUCUCACAGUACAGCCACACAAUAUGACGCCUAACCUCAAAUUCUCAACGCUCAUAAUCUGCCUCCUGGUGCUGCUGGCGCCGUGCAGCGAGGCCGCGGUCUCCUGCAACACGGUGUUCAACAGCCUUGUCCCCUGCCUUAGCUACGUCAUGAACGGCGGCAAGAAGGUGCAGCCGGCGUGCUGCCGUGGCAUCAAGUCCCUCUACGCUGCCGCCAAGACGGCCACAGAUCGCCGGAGCGUGUGCUCGUGCUUGAAGUCCGCUGCCUCAUCCAUUAGUGGUAUCAACUUCAAGUAUGCCGCUCAGCUGCCUGGGAAAUGUGGUGUUAAGAAUAUACCCUUCCAAAUUGGCCCAAAAGUUGACUGCUCAAAGGUCAAGUAAGCAAAGCUCCUGGGAAUGAAUUAUUGAAGGUUACCUUGAUCAUAUAAUGGGUUGUAUUAGAUGCAGCAUACAUAUAUACAUAUAUGCUGGAACAAAAUUGAAAUAAAAAUAAGCUAGAUUUCAAAAUAUAUAAUGUACUUUGUACUACAUAUUUUAUGAAAUAUCUUGUACUACUAUACCUAACAUGGAUGUGCUAUUUCCCUUAGUAUUUAUGGGUUGCAUAUGAUAUGAUUUGGUUGAUCUUAAUUAAAUUAAA